GAGGUGUCGGGCCGCGCAGGGGUACCGUGACCGCCGCCUUUUCGCCGGGCCGCGCCGCCGAUCGGGGCUCCCGCCUGGCCUUCCCGGGGCAAGGGACCACCGCCGCCGAGGAGGAUGUCGGCGCCGGCGGUGAGCAUACCUGCCGCAGAAGGCGAGAAGCCACGCAAGUCGCCCAAGUCUCAUGACAGUGCCGGCAAAGAAAGCCGCAGGAAAUCUUCGGAGGCGGAAAAGUCGGGCAGCCACGACAAGAGUGAAGAGAAGAGCCCUAAGGGCAAGGAUAGCAAGCCCAAGGACAGCAAAAGUAAGGAGAGCAAAAGCAAGGACAGCAAAAUCAAGGACAGUAAAAGUAAGGAUAGUAAGAGCAAGACUCCUGACAAAUCUGGCGAGCAAAGCCAUGAGAAAUCCGGUAGCAAGACAGAGAGGAGCAAAAGUGGUGAUCACAGUCACGAAAAGUCCGGAAGCAAGACGGACAAAAGCGGAAGCAGGAGUGGAAGCAGGAGUGGAGAAAGGAGCCACGAGAAAAGCGGAAGCAAGACGGAAAAAAGCAAAAGCGGCGAUCAGAGUCACGAGAAGUCCGGAAGCAAGACCGAGAGGAGCAAAAGCGGCGACCACAGUCAUGAGAAGUCCGGGAGUAAGACAGAGAGAAGCGCAACCAAGAGCGGAGAAAAAAGCGGCAGCAAGUCACUAAGCAAGAGUGAUGAAAAAUCUGGUGAGAAGACCAGCAAGAGCACGAGCCAGGAGAAAAGCAAGGAGAGCCAAAAGAAGGAAGGGGACAAGUCCCAAGAGAAGUCUCAGGAGAAGUCGCAAAAGUCACAGGACAGGAGUGGCGACAAAAGUCACAAAAGCGGCCUCACCCCGAAGGAAGGCAGUAGCCAACGCGAAGGAAGCCAGCAACAGCAGGGCGACGGCCGAGACCAGGUGAUGGGUGUCGACAGGGGCAUGGAAGGCAUCAACCAGCUUCCAGAGAUGCAUGCGCUGCGACUCAUGUAUGAGAACGCGCUGCUCACCGUGCGCAACAGGCAGCUGCAGUGGCUCAACUCCGAGCUCAAGCAAGAGCACCUGAUUACGCUGCAGCGGGUGGGCCAACUGCGGAAGCGACGCGGCGUGUACACGGGGCCGUCGGCCAUCAUGGUCGACCGAGCCGUGUCUGCGAUGGUGCUUGCCGGCGAGGCCGGUGCAGGCGUUGGCGGCACCGCUGCGACCGGCGAGUCAUCGGGCGCGGCGCGCUUCGACGACUCGCGCUAUGCCAACUUACCGUCCGUCGUGGUUAACAUCGAGGACAAAGGAAUCUCGGCGCAGGACGACAGCUUGUACGCUUUCGGACGAAUGGCGAAAGGCACGAGGAAGUGCAAGCACAUGGCCGGCCCGCACGACGACAUCAACUGGGAGGACCUGCAGGCGCGUCUCCUGCCGGCAUUCUACACGUUCUGAUUGGCUCGACCAUCCGCCUCCACGCGGGCGACGCCUAUAUGCCCCGAUACCGCAAGGUCAUCGUAGCGCCAUAAUUUAAGCAUAACGAGGCGGCCCGGCUUCAUGAACGCACGGUCUAGGACGCUUGUAUGGUGUGCUUAAGCACUAGUCAUCGGCAAAACUUGCGUGCUGCAGAAGUUAGCCCCUGGCCACGGUUAAUUCCUCAGCCACCCUCCAAUUUCCUCAGCUCGGUGUUGAGCGAGAACAUGCAUAAUAUAAUAUUGUGGCCACGCA